ACUAUUGAAUUGAAUUCAAUAUAAACAUUGCUUUUAAAUUUGAGUCGAUAUUCAAACACGUGUUGCGGUCAACACAUUGACAACUGUUUGUAUGUCCAGAGAUCAGUUGAUGCGUUGACAUUACUAAGACAUUUAAAGAUAAACAUAAUGUCUGACAAUACUAGUAAUGACAAUGCAAUGGAUGACGGCUGGGAUCAGUUUGCAAAGUUUGCCGUCACUUUGAAAUAUGCGCUCAAAUCGGUGGACAACUUUGAUGACCAACUAUUUAUCGACGGAUUCAAGACAUUGACAGAAGAUGAAAGACGAGUUAAGUAUUGCAUUGAUAACAAAGAUGUCUUUGAAGAGAUACAGCGAGUCUAUGAAGACAUGAUUCAGUUGAAUGCUGUCAAUGAUAAUAAAAACUGCAAAUGUGUCCAAAAAUCACAAGAAUUGCUUAGAAAUGGUAGUGAAAGCUUCAAGAAUGGGAUGUUUGCCGAAGCCAUACAAAAUUAUUGCGAUGCCAUUUGUUUGGCCCCUAUUCCUCGCGAGGAUAGUCCUCAAGAAGAGUGGAAUUGUUUAUGUCUAGCAUUUCUGAAUCGAUCGCAAGUUUUUUAUCGGGUAGAAGACUAUGAGUCAUGUCUGACGGACAUUGAAGAGUCGGUCAAAUAUAACUGUCCGAUUGUCAGGAAACACGAAAUCCUAUUAAGAAAAGCCUGGUGUUUGACAUCAUUGGAUAGAAAAUCUGAAGCUCAUGAAGUGGUACAUGAGUUAAGACAACAUUUAACUGAUCAUAAAUUAGAUGACAAUCUUAUGAAAGAAGUGGAAAAUGAUUUGAAUAAACUUAUGAUUGAUUUGAAUUUAGCAUCAAAUGAUGAGACAAACGAUGGAUCUCCUCAAGAAAAUGAUGAAGUGAUUGGUCAUAAUGAGGGUAAAGAUGAAAUUGAAACAUUACAUUCUUCACUAUUAAAUGCUUCGGUUGCCAUCGAUUUGAAUUACAGCGACAUUAAGAGUCGUUUUAUGACCGCUAAUCGUGACAUCACUUUCGGAGAUGUAUUGAUUGUAGAGAAGCCAUUCGCUACAUAUUUGUAUAAUGAUAAGUAUGAUAAUUAUUGUCACCAUUGUUUGUCAGCUCUAGACAACCGAUUGAUACCCUGUUAUGGUUGCAAUAGUAUACGAUUCUGUAGCGAGUUUUGUCGUGAGACUGCAUGGAAUCAAUACCACAAAUCCGAGUGUAAAUCAUUAUAUUUCUUAUCCAAAGAAAUUGGAAUAUUAUAUAUUGUUCUAAGAAUUUUGUUGAGAACAGGUAUUCAGGAAUCUAUUAAAAUAGCUAAAGAAAUCUCUAAAAAUACAGACAUAACUAAAGACAUGAAACAAUUAUAUAGUUGUGAUUAUUCAUCAGUAUAUCGACUGCAAGAUCACAAAAAUGAUCACAAUUUUGAAUCAAAACUCAGUUAUGCAAUGAGCGCUGUCUUUAUUUUGGUAGCUCUUGAAAACAAUGGUCACAUUAGUAAAAGUGAUGAUAACUAUCAUUAUUUAGGACAAUUGAUUUUCAAACACAUACAACAAUUGUCUACAAAUCUUAUCAGUGUUUUAGACCAAAAUUUUUGCGAUGAGGUCAACAAAUUUGGUUUCGAUGUCAACGAAGAGAUUGUUGGAACAGCUCUCUAUCCUACUAUAUGUUUGCUUAAUCAUAGUUGUCAGCCAAAUGUUUUGACAUUUUUUAAUGGAUCCAAUUUAAUCAUAAAAGCGGCUAAAAAUAUUAAAGCUGACGAAGAAAUUAAUUACUGUUAUGGACCCAACUUUCAGCGUAUGAGCCGAAGAGACAGACAAUCAAAGUUGAAAUAUCAAUAUUUUUUUGACUGCCAGUGCUUUGUCUGUGAAAACCGUAAAGAAAACUUAACCCGAGCUCUGCUUUGCUUACAAUGUAAUGGAGCCGUCAUUCAUAACGAGGAUAUGACCAGCGAGUGUCUCAAUUGUAAGAGUACCGGAUUGGAUGUUAGGAAAGCCCUCGAAAAUGUGGAACAGGGAUUAAUAUACUCAUCUAAAGGCAUUGAUUUUCUAAAUAACCAGAAGCUCACUGAAGCACUCAUUAAUUUGUCAAAAUCAGAUGAAUUGCUUACAUAUAAUCUGUAUAUUCAAAAUCGAUUGCUGUGUAAGAGUAAGGACGACCUGUGCCGAUGUUAUGCACUUAUGGGUCACUUUGAUCGUGCGGUCAGAUAUUGUGAACAGAGUGUCAAAAUAACUUCAUUGAUAUUCAGCGAACAGAGUACUGAACUGUUGAUGGAGUUAAUGAAAUUAAUUAGUCUUAAGUGGGAAUUGGUUGAUGAGACUACCGGUAUGACAGAGAAAAAGCAAUUGGCAAAGGAGUUGCUCGAUGUGAUCAAAAGGACCGACAAUAUAGUGUCGAAAUUUAAGAUCACUGUUGGGUUUGAAAAUGCAUUUCAAUCAGAGCUCCAGUUUUUGAAUGAAAAACGACUGUCUGUUCUCCAUAUAGUCUAAUAAUAAUAAUAAUAAUCCUUUUCCUUCAUUUAAGACAUUAGCAUAAAUGUUAUUACGCUAUAAUAAAUAGACA